ACUCUCACUCUCUCACUCUCACUCUCAACUGAGCUUUUCUAACCCUCCAAGAAAAAAAGGCCAUGGAAAACUGCAGAAAAUCUCCAUUGAAGCCAUGGAAGAAAGGCCCAACAAGAGGCAAAGGUGGCCCUCAGAAUGCCUCAUGUGAAUACCGUGGCGUUCGGCAAAGAACUUGGGGCAAAUGGGUUGCUGAAAUCAGAGAACCAAAGAAGAGAACCAGGCUCUGGUUGGGCUCUUUUGCCACGGCAGAAGAAGCUGCCAUGGCUUAUGAUGAUGCUGCCAGGAGACUCUAUGGUCCAGAUGCUUUUCUCAAUCUUCCUCACCUCCAAGCCAAUUCCAAUCCUGCACUCAAAUCUCAAAAGUUCAAAUGGUUCCCUUCCCAAAAUUUCAUUUCCAUGUUUCCUUCUUGUGGUUUGCUCAAUAUUAACGCCCAACCAAGUGUUCAUGUCAUUCAUCAGAGGCUCCAAGAACUCAAGCAACAUGGGGUUCUUGGUCAAACUACUCCUUCCUCUAGUUCUUCUUCCUGUGAUUCUAAACCUGAGGUUCACAUCAUAAGCGACAAAACACAGAUAGGAACCGUUGCAGAGAAGGAGAAAGAUGUGGAAAUUUCAUCAGAAAAAAUGACUGAAGACAACCGGGAGAAGCCGCAGAUUGAUCUCAAUGAGUUUCUUCAGCAACUGGGUGUACUGAAAAAGGAGAGACAAUCAGAGGCAAUUGGCACCACAGGAAAUUUUGGAGUUCCAGAAUCUUCAGUUACAGAACUUAAUGAUGAAUUUGGACCCUUUGCUGACAAGAAUUUCAAUUGGGAUGCAUUGAUUGAGAUGCAUGGGAUUUCAGAGCAAGGAGCAGAUGCUGGCAGCUUUCAAGUUUAUGAUGUGAAUGAAGAGCUGCCCUUCCCCACUUCUAUUUGGGACUUGUAAGAGAAGCUUGUUUAACUAGACAUGGAAGAGUAGGGCUUGCUUUUACCAGAGAAGGAAUUUGUUAGAAAUCGGCACUUAGUAGUCGUUUAAAAAUAGGCUAUAGUGGGUAAUAGCACGUUAUAUUGUUAUAUUGUCAAUUUGGCACCACGACAUAUUCAAACAAGAGUUCACCUCAGGGUCCAGAUUGAGUGUACUAAGGCAU